CGGCGGUGCUACAUCAUGGACGGGAUUUGCAGGCCUCCUCAGGAACCGGUGUCUCUAGCGCCACGAGGUGUCCUGUUGACAUUGGUAUGCGCCUUGAGCGACUCGGGAGACCGUGAUGUGCGCGGCGGCCUAAAGGUUUGCUCACUCGCUGAGAAAAGAAGGGCCAAACUGCAGCAUGAUUUGCAAAAAUGGCGGUUGCGCAGGAACCGGAGAAGGCGCAGGAGUGUUGGAAGGAAUGAACAGAAAGUCACCGCCCCCUGUUACAGGAUGGGCCAAUUCGGGAGUGAUGUUCAGGUUGGAGAUUCUCCAGUUCUCCAUCGUCCCGGGCACUGGCAUAUAAGUGGAACUUAAUGUCAAACCUUUCCAUAUUCAUUACUCAGUCCCAGCCAGCGCUCUCGGGGAGGAUCGACCUUCCUCACUAGUUUCUCGUGCACCAACAGCAGCAACAGCUACAACAGCUGGUUGGGGUCUCCUCAGGAAAAUGGCACAGAUUUCUACCAGGAGCCUGUUCGUUGUGCUGGCCACAAUUCUCGUGGCCAUCAGCAAUGCUGUCCCGUCUAAUGCUGCAGAUUCCAGAAUUGUGGCUACUACCACUUUCAUGGAUGCAAAAGCUACCUACUAUGGUGGCAACGACGCUUCUGGGACCAUGAACGGUGGAUGCGGCUAUGCCAAUCCCUUCGCUUUGGGAUAUGGUGAUCAGACUGUAGCUCUAAGCACAGCCCUCUGGAAUAAGGGACUCACUUGCGGUGCCUGUUUUGAGAUAAAGUGCAAGAUUAGUGCCACUGCUUAUGCCAAGAAAUGGUGCUAUCCUAAGGCUGGAUCUAUCAAAAUCACUGCAACUAACUUAUGUCCUCCUGGUUCUCAUGGAGGGUGGUGUGAUCCACCCAAAAGCCAUUUCGAUUUGGCAUAUGCUGCGUUCACCCGCCUGGCCAACUUCCAAGCUGGUGUCAUCCCCAUCCAAUACCGCAGGACACCCUGCCGGAAGAAUGGAGGAGUCAAGUUCUCGAUGAACGGAAACCCCUACUGGCACCUUGUGCUCGUGCACAAUGUGGCAGGCGGGGGAAAUGUGCAUGCCAUGCAAAUCAAGGGGUCGAGAACCGGUUUCAUGCAAAUGAAGCAAAACUGGGGCCAAAACUGGGAGGCCUACUGUAACCUCGUCGGUCAGUCCGUUACAUUCAAGGUCACUCUGGGGAACGGCAGAACUGUGACAUUCUGGAAUGCUGUAGCAUCCAACUGGAAAUUCGGCCAAACUUAUCAGACGAAAUACAACUUCUAGUUUUUCAGCCUGCAUAGAUAUUACGGAUUUUAGAUGCGUCAAUAAGAUCCAGAAGACAGCUACUCACAGAUAUACAGCAAGCAUGCAGUAGAGGCGUGGUCAUAUUGACAUUCUUCCGCCCACCGUGCUCCAAGAUCACUAAGCUAGUGUAAUUUAUCUCGAUGAUCACUAGGAUCUGAUCUCGUGCAGAGCUAAAAUGGAACAACGUAGUCCGAUUCUAUUGCAGAAGAUUGUAGCAUCUAAGCUGGCAGAUCUGUCGUUUCAGAUGGGUUCUCGUUCAUGGUUUUGCGCACUGGUUGCGCGCAGUUGAUUAACCAGCUAGCUAGCUAGACCUGGCUGCUGUCAGAAGAACUGCUACAUGUACAGCACGUAGAUUAGCAGCUCCAUUUUUUCCAUCCGUUCUUGCAUUCAGCAAAGAUUCUGCAGUCGUGGACUCGGCCCGCCCAUUCAAAGAGGCCACCCGCUGGAGAAUGCAAGCUCUUGCCUGGACGUGAUCACUGGGCCCCACUGAUUGUGUUCAAUAAAAGGUCUGCCAGCACCUUAAUUUCAGAAAUUCAGAACUUCAAACAUUCGC